AUGGUAUCCAUGUUUCCAAGGAUUGUUUCAUCCAUUUGGAUACAUGGGCCAAGUAUCUUUGUGGCUAAUAGAAGUCUCAUGUCAUUUAUAAGAGAUGGAUACCAUAAAGAAAAGUCUAUUGAUACUAGGCCAAAAAGUCAAUCCUUAGUAUCAUUAUUUAUCAAUGAUAAUAGUAGCAAUAAGUACAAAUACAAAAAUAGAAUCCAACGUGAUAAAGUUCUUUUUGAGCGUGUUCGGUGGGGGUGUAUUGUGAGAUCAAGCAGAUUUGAGCAUGGACCACAAAUUAUAACUAUUAUUUUAGACACAGAGAGAAGAAAGUGGGAGUUCAAAGAUACGAAAGCGCAUUUUUAUACAUUAAAGCUGUUCUUUGGGUUCAAUGCUCGUGCACCCACUCUCUGUGUGGAACGUUUAAUACAAACCAGGUUAUUGUUUCAAUUGCUGCUUUAUAAUAACAAAAUAAAGCCCAGCCAAAAUAAGAAACAAAGCAUUUUGUUGCUAGGAGAAUCGAACGAUGUUUGA